UCUGUAGUAUCGCUCUACUAAUUAAUUUACUACAGCUCAGUACAACUCUUUCGUUGGAGCAGUGAGUUAGCGUAUCGAAAAGAAACUCUUUAAUUAUUUUGUAAUUAAUUUGACAGUUUCACUAGAACAGUAAAUUUUAACGAUAUGGAAGAAAUUCAGCUUAGUAAAGAUCAAUUAUCCCAUUUGAAAAUGGCAUUUGACGCGUUUGAUCCCGAAAAAAAGGGAUGUAUUGGUACAAACAUGGUAGGGACAAUUCUGGAUAUGCUUGGCCAUGAAGUGAAGUCGGAGGAACUCUCAGAAAUUAUAUUAGAAGUUGAUACAUGGGGAACCGGGGAAUUAAAAUUCGAGGAGUUUUGUCAGGUAGCGUCGCGCUUCCUUGAAGAGGAUACUGACGCUGAGGCAGUACAACAAGAAUUACGAGAAGCAUUCCGAUUAUACGAUAAAGAAGGUGACGGUUAUAUCACAACCGAUGUGUUCAGAGAUAUCCUUCACGAACUGGACGACGCGCUAUCUCCGGAGGAACUUGAUAUGAUUAUAGACGAAGUAGACGCUGACGGAUCUGGCACAGUCGAUUUCGAUGAAUUCAUGGAGGUCAUGACAGGAUAAAUUAUGAUUUUGGCACCGCGCGGAUACAUCGUGUCUAUCGCCCACAUAUCGGACAACGAGCGUGCCUGUGCAAACAGAGAAGCCAAAAACUCCUCGAAAUUGUAUGUGACGCUGACGGAAUAUAAAGUCAUGCGUUUAUCACAUAAAAAAAUCCCGCCGUAAAAUUUACGUUUUUUUUUUCUUGGAUAAAAUACGUGAUUCGAAAGUUCCAAUAGUGGAUGUAAUCGAAGAUAAAUUAAAAAAUUUCUUAAUAAAAUAAUACGCAUGGAAUGUAGCCAUGUCAAACAUAAAUUGGAGAAAGAUUUUGAUAUUCUUUUAAAUUAAUAAUUAAAUAUAAUAAUGAUAAGAUUUAUGCAUAUCGAAAUUCAUAAUUAUUAGUUUUAAAAAAUCAUAAUUGAAUAAUAUAUUUUGCUUGCGUGAUGUGUCACAUGCCGAAUAAAAUUAGCAAAUCGUUUAUGUUAUAAAAUUAUAUAUAAAACAAAACAGAAAGAUCGCAAACAAGUGAGAUUUAUUUAAUAAUAAAUUCCAAUCAAACAAACUUCAAUGUAUGAAAAUCAUUAAUUAAUUAUUUUCUUUUUUUAAAGUUUCAAAAACAUAAACAUGCAAUUUUAAUAAAAACUUGAUAUUUACUUUUUCUUUAUUUUACUAUAAUAAAAUUCAUUGAUAAUUAAAAACACAAUAGAAUAAGAUUAUAUUUUAUUUUAUUAUAAAAAAAAAUUUUGAUAAUAUUUGUGAAUCGCACUUUAAAACUUAUUGAUGUUUUAUACAGGUGAUUAUACAGGAGAAUGUAUAAAGAAAUGGAUCUCAUUUUUUUAUAUGCUAUUUCAAUGACUAAAAAAAUAAUAACAUGUGCUUUGCAAUUUUCCGUAAUUUCUCAUUAUAUUAUAAUAAUAGCUGUAAUCAAUACAAGAUGUUGCACCUGAAAAUACAUACUCGCGUGUUGGCAACUAUAGUGGCACGUGCUUUGCACACAUCAACUGUAGCAUUACACACUCGAAUCUGUAACAGCAGUGUAAUCUAUUGUGAACUUUUGUCGAAAGAGUAGCGUGCUCCAAGGAGCUCGACAAUGCACGCGAUGGCAAACGGCUGUAUUCCGGAGUGAACGAUAAAAUCGCCUAAAUAUAAUAGCAGCCACCGGGCUUUAUGAGCUUAUAAUUAGGAACCUAAGAAUAAGACCUGUGCACGAUUAUUGCAUAGAGUCGUCUUGGGUCAGUCUCACCCAUGAAUUCUCUCCGGCGGUGAGCCAAUAUUGUCUAUUGUUGCAUCCAUGCAACCGGUCACACAUCGUGUCGCUCGUAAAUUUCUGCGUUUUGAAACGUAGCAAAAUUUCACAAUGAACCGGUUGUAAGAUGUCAGAUAUGGCGAUGCGAGUUCUAAUCAUAAAAUGUUUCCGCGAUGGCCUGGUUAGAAAAUGCGGCACAAUUUUAUUGCGAUUCAAAGACAUUUUAAGGGGACAAUGGAAGUUGCCACGCUAACAUAAUCCGUAUGCUACUGUAUUCUU